CAAACUACGUACCUACUCUGUAGGGGCAUUACGUGCCAUUUGCAUGCAAACCUAGGUCCUUGACUUCGGCAGUCCGUCUACCAACUACACAUCCUUCCCCCCCUCCAAGUCGGCCGCUUCCGCUUGUUUCUGAUUGCAGCGACAAAACAUCAGCCACAAGAUCUACCGCCUGCCUGCCCAUUGGCUCCCAUGUGCUGUUCUCGGGGCGCCUGCAAAGUCCUGGACCGCGGCGUUGCUACGUGUGGGUGAUAUUAUUCGGCUGUUAUAGGUAGGCAAGGUACAUAUCUACUUCUUGAUCCCUCCUGGGCCAAACAUUUUGGCGCCAACACAAACACAACACUCGGGUGCAGAUGCACAUCGGGAGACCCCCGACCCAUUUGCAGAAAGUAAAAAAAUCUUCAUGAAAUAAUAAAGCGUGCAGGAUGGCAUCCAACGCUGCAGGCUUGGAGGCUCACUGGCCGCCACGAUCCCCUCGCGAGGCCCUGCUGAGUACCCCCGGCGGCCGCGAGCGAUACAGACAAAUACUCGCACAGCGCUCCUCAUCGCCCUCGCCUUCCAAGACACGUUCUACGCGACCUGGCUCACGCGGCGCGACGCUGCCGACAAUGACCAUGGACAUGGACGACAACAUGGAUAUGGGGGACCCGAUGGACGUCGACGAGGAGGAUGACGAGGAGACGCUGCAGUUGAAACUCCAGCAGAUACAGGCACAGCUCAGGCUCAAGAAGUUGCGCAAGGACAAGGCCAGGUCCCAGAACGACCCGCAUUCGUCCUUCAGUGCGCUUUCGGACCAGGACAACACGAAGGGGUCAAGACCAGGCUCAGCCUCGACGGGACGGCCGGGCAUGAGGAUAAAGGAGAUCAGGAGGACAGAUGCAGCAGUACGGCCACCCUCACAAGAUUCUGCCGUGGAGGUGCCAGCUUCGCCAGUGAGGAAGGCCCAGGCGCAGCCAGAGCAGACAUCCCCAAGCCGCAUAUUACUCGGCAUAGACAAAGGACUGAGGGGAAAGGACGUAUCACUGAAGAGAGCCCCAAGUCUUCGCAAGUCGUCAGAUGACCCCGGAGGCUCGCAGGGCAGCGGGGCAGGUUACCUGCACAGGUCCAGGACCCCAGGCCUGACGGAGGACAAGCCCCGGCCACUGAGCUUCAACGAGAGGCUGGCUGCUGCCCGGACCGAGGAGAAGACACGCGAGGAAACGAGAUCGAAGGCCUCCAGGUCGCGAAGCUCAGCAUUCAACGUGACACAGCAGGAAAUGGAGGAUUACAAAAAGGCUGCCGUUGAUGUGCCACCAAACGAGCCGUCACCUCGUGAUCGGAUAUUCGCCCGGGACGACACGACCGGGACUGCGCCAUUCGAGAGGCCCCGGAAUGGACACUUGAGCCGCAGCAAUACAGCACCUGACAUACGGACAGCGUCUCGUCUGGGGCACGGGGCCUCAAAUUCUGGCUCGUUCUCAUCUCAGGUCGCAGGUUCCUUCUCAUCAAUCGCAUCCGACACCCCAAAGUCACCUUCUGCGUCAUUCGACGUCUACUCGGGAUUUCAUUUGUCUAAGCGCAUCUUACCACAUCAAAUCGUCGCCCGUGCCGUUUCCGGGAAAACGACAUACUCCAUCAAGGACUUGCUACGGCAGGUCAAGGCUCCAGACUGGUCACUCCCGGACGACGUGGUUGACAGCGUCGUGUUCGCCAUCGUAGCCUCCAAGUCAGACCCUCGUCACCACAAGCCUCAGUACGACGCCGAGACGAGGAAGAUGAAGCAGUCAGACCGGGGGAAAUACAUGGUGCUGACCCUCGUCGACCUGGAGUACGAGGUUGAACUCUUCCUCUUCAAUUCGGGUUUCGAGCGCUUCUGGAAACUGUCUACGGGCACCGUCGUGGCCAUCCUCAACCCAGACAUCAUGCCGCCACCACCCGGACGUGCGGACACUGGCCGUUUUAGUUUGACGAUCAACUCCGACGCGGACACGAUCCUCGAGAUCGGCGCGGCGCGGGACCUGGGCUACUGCAAAUCCGUCAAGUCGGACGGCAAGCUCUGCAACAGCUGGGUGAACGCCCGGCGCACCGAGCACUGCGAGUUCCACACCAAUACGGCCCUGUCCCGAACACGGUCGGCACGGCAGGAGAUCAACGGCACGGGGGGCCUCGGCGGUGAUUUCAAGGGCCAUCGUUCAAAGAAGCAAUGGGAAAGCAGCGAGGAUGCCAAAAGAAGGGCAAAGGUCGAAGACGAACACGGCAAGUUCGACUGGGAGACGCGGAGCCGCUACUUCGUGAAUGGGGGCGGCCGCGGCCAGAGCGCGUCUUCCCUCAUCGACCGCGACGGCAUCGCCGACACGCGGGAGAGGGCCGAGGGCCUGAAGAGGAAGCUGGCGGCGCAGGAGAAGGAGAGGGACAUCGCCAAGAAGCUGGGCGAGAUGGGCAGCGGCGGCAUGGGCGGCGAGUACAUGCGCAUCUCGGGGGCGCAGGAGACCGCGAGGGCGGGCUCCCGGUCCACCUCGAGGCUCAGCGGCCUGCGGGGCGGCCCGCGCACGGUGCCGUCGUCCUCGACGUUCAAGCCGGAGGUCAGGCUCCCGGCGAACGGCAUCUCGCUCGCCAGCACCGACGACCAGGACCAGCCGCGCAAGACCGACGCCCGGUCCCUGGGCCUGCUCCCGCCCCGGGGCACCGCCGGGGCCCCCAAGAUCUCCCUCAGCCCCAUCAAGCGCAAGCGCCAGGACAGCUCCCUGUCGUCCAACAGCUCCUCGUUCGACUCCAGGCCCCCGGGCGGCGCCUCCUCCUCCUCCUCCUCGUCGGCCCACCACGGGCCCGCCGGCGCCACGAGCAGGCUGCACUCGGCAGCAGGGACGGGCCGCCCGCCCGGCGGCUUCGGCUGGGGCACCUCGCUGCGCGACAAGCUGUCGCGCAUGAGGGCCGGCGAGCGGCUGUCCCUGCACACGAGCCACAACAGCGUGAGCAGCACCACGGCCAGCAGCAGCGGCGCUAGCAACAGCAGCGGCGGCGGCGGCGGGACCGGCCUCACCAACAUCACCACCACCACCCUCACGGGCGGCGGGUCGGCGUUCCGCGACAAGGACCGGUCGCCCGUGCGCAAGAAGACACGCUUCGUCACCGAGAAGGGGAUCCGCGAGGCCGGGCGCGAGAGCCUGCCCGGCUCGGUCGUCGCCUCCGAGCACGGCGCCGCGGCGGCCUCUCGGGGUUGGAACGGGGCCCUUGCGUCGAGGCAGAGGCGGCAGCAGCAGGAGGUUGUCCUUGAGGACGACGAUGAUGACGAUGAAGACGAGCUCCUUGUUGUACGAUAAUUGCGGGUCGGGUGACGACGCCCCGCCGGGUCGAGAACCGAUGAGAGGGUUCCAUGGGGUUUGAGUUGGGUGGCUUUCCAUAUGUACCAGGAGUCAGGUUUUCCAGGUGCGAGCAAGAAAUUCCAACGGACAGGACGGGUCGGGGCAGCCAAAGACCCAAAGGCUGGACACGGGCAUUCCGGGUGUUUUAUUUGCACACAUAUAAACACAAAGCAUUGUAACGGUACUGAGAUCAAUUACUGGAAGGGAAAGGGACUGCGCAUUUGUUUAGGGCACGAGUUCACGGAUAACAGCAUGCAUAACUAAUUCGCACAAG